AUGCCUUUUGGAUUAAAAGUACCUUCCAAGAACAAACUGAUCUUUCGUGGUAUACAGGUGCCCAUUCUUGUUGCAGGUGCUGUCGAUUACGAAAUUAAAGAAGCUAAAUCACCUGGCCAAAUCGAAACUUCUGUCAUGGAAAAAAUCGUUCAACGUCGUUGCGAAGCCGUCGAAACAUCAGCAGACAAUGCAGAAUCAGCAUACCACGACCAAUUAGAAAACAAUUGCAACACAGGUUUUACAUCACCUAUGGAUAACAUGAACAACAAGAAAAGCAAAGUGAUUUCCGAUGGUAUUUUAGCGAUUGGUAGAAAUGCGUAUCGUGAAGUGCUCAGCGCAUUAGGCAAGGGAUGA